AACAGUAUAAUACAGAUAAAUAUUUACUGAUCUGAUCAUAUCAAGCUUAAAAUUGAACUAAAGUGGAAAUCAGUGCAGUGUAAUGACUAAUGAUUGGCUGAUUUUGACAGACAUGAUGGUGCGUGUCCAACGCGUACCCAGAAACACACUCCUCCUAAGCGCUCGUGUACAGUGUCUGAGUUAUAUAUUCAUAGAGUGAUGAAUCACUAUUUGGUAUAAGAGAUGUUCAAAAUGGCCUCAUGUACAUUAAUGACUUGAAAGUAACUGAUAUCAUUUGUUAAUAAUCUGUUGGAAAGUCACCAGUUUUGGUGUUUGAUAUUUUGAUGCAAUUUUAUUAUUUACAAAAUUGUCACAUUGUUUUCAUUUGUCCUUCUACAUCAAAAGCUUUCCCGCUUCUUGUCGUAAAGUUUAGUUUUAAAUUCGUGUACAAGUUUUAGACAUAUUUAUUUUAUAUAUAUAUAUAUAUAUAUAUAUAUAUAUAUAUAUAUAUAUUCAAGCCUCCACCCUGACAGUUCUCAUGUUUUUACGUAUUCAGUACUGUUUGUCAUGUGGAUUUCUUUUGUCCUUUAUGUAAACAAAGAGACCCUCCAUGUCAGUCGGAAGGUUUAUGAUCAUUACUAUUAAGGAGAUUAUUUGGGCCCUUUAAUCUCCAAUCGGAGGAUUACGCAGCGCUAUAGAUUUGCAUACAUAAAUGCACACAGAUUAUUUCAUCUCUACUUAAUCCGCCUCAAAAACGAACAAACAAAAAAAAUCAAUGUGUUUGAAAUCAAUUAUUUAAUAAAUAUUUUUACAAAUCAGCCAAACAACAAAUCACCACCUGCAUAUCUCUUAAUAAUCGGACAGCAUUAUUAAGUGAAAUCUACAGUUUAAGUCGAGUUAUUUUACUGUUGUAGUGUUUUAGAGGAAGAGAAGUAGUUUCAGAUUGUAAACUGUCAGACUCUUUCCUGAAAUCAGAGUAAUUGCUCUGCACAAUGGAGACAGAUAAAGCACCCCCGAUUGACCCAGAUUUCGAGCCGCAGAGUAGACCGAGGUCUUGCACAUGGCCGCUGCCUCGGCCCGACAUCUCAGCUGUCAAAGUGGAGGGGCCAGACGGCGCCGAGUCCGCUGCUGGAACCCCGCCUGCCGAGGAAGAUAAACAGGAGCCUCAGCCAAUCGCAUCCGAGCCUGAAAAAGCCGCCGCCUCAGAGGGAGGGGUGAUACCAGGAGUGGGCGGGGCCACACCUCGAAAGGGUUCAUCCCGGCGCAAUGCCUGGGGGAAUCAGUCCUACGCUGAUCUGAUAAGCCAAGCGAUUGAGAACUCACCAGAGAAGCGACUCACUCUGGCACAGAUCUAUGACUGGAUGGUCAAAACUGUGCCAUAUUUUAAGGAUAAAGGUGACAGCAACAGCUCUGCUGGAUGGAAGAACUCAAUUCGUCACAAUUUGUCCCUGCACAACAAGUUUUUGAGAGUGCACAAUGAAUCCACUGGAAAGAGCUCUUGGUGGAUGCUUAAUCCUGAAGGUGGUAAGACAGGGAAAUCCCCACGACGCCGUGCUGCCUCCAUGGACAAUAGUACUAAAUUGCUGAAAAGUCGCAUGCGGGCAAAGCAGACCAAGAAACAAGCAGCAGCAGGGGGUGUUGGUGGUCCUGGCAGUACCAUGCAGGGUGAAGGUGUGCCUGGGGCAGGGAGUGCAGACAGUCCCGGACCUCCUGGACAGUUUGGAAAGUGGGGAGUGAGUAGUAACAGCCCAUCAUCACGUAGCUUGGACGACCAAGACAUGUGGACAAGUUUUAGACCACGCACCAGUUCAAAUGCCAGCACUUUGAGUGGCAGGCACUCUCCGAUUCCCCCAGUGAAAGAAGAUGAAGAUGACCUGCCAGAAGAUGGACUUCUGAGUGGGUAUCCCACUAGCAGUCUUCCACCUACAUUGGCUGAAACUCUAAUGGAAGAACUGGACCUUAUUGAUGGGCUUACCUUAAUGACAGCACAGCAAGGCAGUGCAAGCCCGAGCACAGCACCGCAAGCACCACCUACUCCACUGCCUUCUGCUUCUACCCUUUUGCCCCGUGGCACUAAUUUUACAUCUUUUUGUCAGCUACAGCCAGUAAAGGGAUCCCAAGGACCAUCCCAGCAAGGAUCACCAAGUUCUGUUCAGCAGCCUGGGGAGUCCAAUACAAGUAUUUCAAACUUUGGAAACUCCCUCUUUAACCCACUGCCGGGUCCAGGAUCCCGAGGUGGUUUCAGCACCCAUGUGCCAUCCAGUCUUGAGGCACUCCUCACCACUGACUCGCCCCCACCAGCUGAUAUCUUGAUGACUCAAGUGGACCCUCUGAUGCCUAGCCAGGGAGGUGUUAAUCUUUUGGGUCUCGGAGACUCUAUUUCUGGCAACCAGGCCAAGUCUGGUCAAAUGACGCUGGGCAAGAAUAUGGAUACUAGCCCAGUGCCACAAAUGACCCUUCAGCCUCAAUCCCAGCUACAACCCCAGCAGCACUCUCAAAUGAAUUUUGGCAUGAUGAUGCCCAGCAUGGGACAGGAUCUCUCACAACUGCCGCCCAUGAAGACCCAGAAUCAAAUGCCAGGUGGAGGUCUUCUUCAACAUGGAGCUGUCCCUUCUGCAGCCGGGAGUGGAGGUCUUCAGGGGAUAAACCAAUAUGGAACACAACCUUGCUUUCUGCCCUCUCACGAUCGUCUGCCCACAGACUUGGAUAUUGAAAUGUUUACAGAGAACCUGGACUGUGAUGUUGAUUACAUCAUUAACAGUGACCUUAUGGAUGGAGAGUCGAUUGACUUCAACUUUGACCCCAUUGCACCAGGUGGGCAAAAUUACCCUGGGCCAGCCACCACACAGAGCUCAUCUCACAACUGGGUGCCGAGCUAAUUCUGCUAAAGUAUAUGAGCAGGUCAACCCUAAUCCAUAUAUGGAAUCUCACAAGGUGCAUUAAUUAAAUUGUCACCCCUUCAGUUUUUAUUUUUGUUUUUUUUUUUGCCUCCACAUUCACCAUUGUACCUCAAAAACUGCUUUGGCUGAAUAUACAGACAUUAGCCAAAUUUUUAAGACGUUUUGGCAACUUUUUUUGAUCACAAAAACAAACCAUACACAAGUGCCAAUACACACGGGGAAGUCAGCUGUUAAACGCCAGACCCAGAUGAUAUCUUGGAAAAAAAAAUUACUUUGGAACUUUGCUGUUUUCUGUUCAGAGAUAUUGACUAGGAAAAUUAAGAGAAGAAAUUAAAGGUGAAGCACAAUUAAUAAACUACUAAUCAAGUUUAUUACAAUAAUGCCUAUUACUAAUACCGAUGUAGUAAAGGGCUAAGAUGGUACAUUCCCUAGAUGUAAAGACAGCUGACUUGGCCUGGAGGAUCAAACUUUAUACUGAUACUUGAGGAUCCUUUUCCCUUGGUCACCAGCUAAACAAAUGAUUGGAGUGAAAAUCAUGCAAAAUCAAACAGUGAUUUAUUGAUCAAUUGGUUGGAGCACAGACUUGACACCGUAUAAUCACCAUCAGCGUUUUAAACGAGGACUGUCCCAGUGAGCCCGGAACAUAACAAAUAUGUGGACACAUGCUGCGCUCAAGUAGUACACACUCAGUGUGGUACGAAGUGUGCUCAUAUUUUUGCAUCGGAGGCAAAAUAUUUUGAGGAGGUUGAUAAUGAUUAUUGUCACUAUAAGUAAUGCUUUUAAUUUAGCUUUUAUGAUGACUCUACUCAGGAAGGUGUUUUUUUUUUUUCCCCUUUUUUCUUUUUCCCCCCUUAUGUUCUAAAGAGUAGGGACUGAUCAUUAAGUGAGAAUUUAAUAUUGAUUAAAUUGUUAACAGUAUGAAGAAAUGGGAUUAGACACAGGGCAUUUAGAUUUUUUACCAUAGAAUUUUUUUGGUCGGAUUUCUAUGGUUUUUACCACUUUGCCAACUCUGUCAAACUGAACGGCAUUGUGUUUUAUCAACAUGCCCAUUUGCAGGAUAUAAUAUUUGAAGGGUUUGUGUGUGUGUGUGUGUGUGUGUGUGUGUGAGAGAGAGAGAGAGAGAAAGAGAGAUGAGUAUGACGUUUUAAGUACUUACACUUAAAUUUAGCAAAGAUGGAGAGAAAACAAUCAAAAACAAUAUUGAUUAAUUUCAUUCCAAGGAUGAAACUGAUUGGUUAUUUGACAAAUGCUAUAUAUGAGGUGCCCUUAUUCUAUAGAAUUCUGUACAGCAGUACACAAAGGGGCAAAAGUCAUACUUUUCUUAGUGAUUGACUUUUUCUUAUUUAGUACUAACUAUCUUUUGUAUGGAUUUGUUAAAAGGAAACAAAAUGAUGUAUACUGACUAAUUGUAUUGAUUAAUUUAGAUCGGGGCUAUAUCAUGACAAAUAUUCAUACUAAUCAGAAAGUACCCUCUCGAAAGUACAGAAACUAUUUUUAACGGUCAUUUUCUAUGUAAUCUUUUAUUUUUGUAAAAGAUGAUAUGCAUGUAGAUUUUAUAGAUAACCACAGGAACACUAAGAAGAGCAUGUCAGACUGGGAUGGCUUGAGAGGAAAGUAUUGCAGCUUUUAUAUAUGGAAACUAGUAAAUGGGUUAUAAGUUAUAACAGUAUAACGCUUUGCAAAGUAGAACUUGCCGUGUAAUUUGCUACUAAAUUUGGAGCAGUUUUUUUUUUUUUUUUUUUUAAAGGAGAAUGAAGUACUGAGCUGUAUCACUUUGCCAGGCAAUUUAUAGUUCAUCUUGGAAAACUGGCAAAAUAGAAAGAUGAUGAUGUUGAUGCAAUGUUUAACUCUCAGGGUUUUAAUAAAACAAUAGUAAUGUUAAUUAAAUCAAUAAUAUUGAUAAAAAAAACCCUUUCCUGAUGGAAGCGGUAAGAUAAUCAUGAUUUUAUAAAAGCCACUCAGCCGUCAAUGGAAAUGUUUUAACAUUACAGAAAUACAGCUUACGCUCCACUUGAAAAUAAGAGCUUGUGUAAAGUGUACAUUCACCGAAUCUUGGUAUAUAAAAAAAGUUAUAAACUGCCAACAAACACUAGCAUGUUGAUGUAGAACAAACCAUGUAUCUCCCUACGCUUUCUUUUUCUUCUUUGAGCUGUUCAUGUAGAAAUUAUGUAGUUUUUUUUUUUUUUAUUUGUUUAUGUAGCUUGAACUUUUGGUUUUAGAGCUGGAUAUUAUUCAACAUUUAACGGUAAUAAUACAAGUAUAUCAGAAUAUUAAACUAACUGUUAAAGCGCUCUGUUCUUGAGGAGAAUGGUUGUCUCCUGUCAGUUGGUGCUAGACGUGACAAAGGCGGCCAGAUUUAGAUUUAAUGGCCUUUAUUUUAUGCAGCACAUUUUAUAAAUAUAGACCAUAAAAGAUAAAUUCAUCUUUAUUAAUCCUCAAACACUUACUUUUGUAGAUUCCAAGUAAUUUCUUAGAAGCAGAAAUGAGAGAUUAGACCCUGAAAGAGGUUUUUGACAGACAUCAUGUACGUUUCUGGAAAUCAGUCCUUUUAGCAAACAGUGUUACUUUUUUUUAUCUUUAUCUGUAUUCCUACGAACCGUUUACAUUGCUGCUCCUGUCUUUUUGGGCUGUGCUUUGUUCCUCUGAAGUUUGACACGUGACAGUGUCUGGAUUUUUAUGGUAAAAUCUUGUAAAGGAGUUGAGAAUGAACCAGCGGGCAAGGCUUUGAGAAGUAGGCUGGAGUGCUGAAAUUAAUUUUGCACAUUUUCUUUUCUUCAUUGAUAAAAAUCCCAUUUUAAAUAUUUGCAAAAAAUCUCAUAAAUGUGAUCCAACUUAAAUUGAAACUUAAACUUAAAAUAAGCAGGAAAAAGUGAAACUCAACCCUCUUUUAAAACUAGUUUUUAAGUUUCAAUUCCUAUUAAAAGUAGAGAGGACUACCAGCUUUCGAUUGAAAGCCAACGAGAUUGAAUUCCCAAUAGACAGAGCUUGAAACCUUUUACAGGAGUUUAAAUAUCUUGACCUCAGAUCAGACCUCUGUCCCAUGCAUCCUCAUGUUUAAUCUUCGUUUCUUAUCGUUUUCUUUCCUGUACUCCUGAAAAGGUCUGAUACAUAUUCCAGUUGAUAAAACACUAUUUCUUUUUGUUUGUGGAUAGGUUUGGUUGUUGUUUUUGGGGAAAGGGGGUAUAAAAGUUUGGUGAGUGUUUAGCCAGUUCACUAUUUGUGUAUUUCAUUUAUUGCUUUAUAUUAAUGUUUUUUUUUUCCUUUUCCCCUGCUCUUCUUACUUUAUUAUUGUUAGCCAGAGGUGACUGUGAAAUCAGUCAAGAAUAUCUGAAAUAAACGUAAUCAGUUUAACCCA